CACCGUUCUCUCCAGUCGCUCCUCGACCUUUCCUCUUCUCCACCCUCCAUACUCCAUUCCGUUCCCUUCUCUUCCGCUACUGCUUCCCUCUCUCACUGUCUCACAAUCUCCAUCCCUUCUAUCUCGCCGCCAUUGAACAAACGAUUGAUUUCUCGAUUCACCCUGCCCCGUUACAUUUUCCACAACCGGUCAGAAUCUAGGGUUCCGAUCUUUUUGUUUUCCCAUCUCUUAUUCUGCUGCCCUAAGUCUCGUCUCCGUCGGGACUUCCCAGAUUAUCAUCUCCGUCGGUUCCGGUAAAUUGAGGGGAAAAAUGGUGGUGGGUUCGCAGAGUCCGAACGUGGCUUCGUCCACUCAAUCGGGGAACAAGAGAAGAGGUGGCAUUACUAAUAAAGUCUUCCUUGCUGGCCCUUCAGAGGCUGAUAUUCAGCGGAAUGCUAAUUUGGAGAAGUUUUUGGUUGAUUCUGGGUUGUAUGAGACCAAAGAAGAAGCUGAACAGAGGCAGGAGGUACUUGGCAGGAUUGAUCAGAUUGUCAAAGCUUGGGUCAAGCAACUGACGCGCUUGAGGGGCUACACCGAUCAGACGGUGGAGGAAGCAAAUGCAGUUCUUUUCACUUUUGGGUCUUACCGUCUUGGAGUGCAUGGUCCUGGGGCAGAUGUGGAUACAUUGUGUGUGGGUCCAUCUUAUGUCAACCGUGAGGAAGAUUUCUUCAUUAUCUUGCAUGAUUUGCUUGCUGAAAUGGAGGAAGUUACAGAGCUUCAACCAGUUCCAGAUGCUCAUGUCCCUGUAAUGAAAUUCAGAUUCUUGGGGAUAUCUAUUGAUCUACUUUAUGCAAGUAUUUCUCUUUUGGUUGUUCCAGAGGAUCUGGACAUCUCUAAUGGGUCCGUGCUGCAUGAUGUGGAUGAACAAACUGUUCGUAGCCUUAAUGGAUGCAGGGUAGCGGAUCAAAUUCUCAAGCUUGUUCCAAAUGCUGAGCAUUUUCGAACAACACUCAGAUGUUUGAAGUUUUGGGCUAAAAGGCGAGGUGUUUAUUCUAAUGUCACUGGUUUCCUUGGUGGUGUAAACUGGGCCCUUCUUGUUGCUCGAGUGUGCCAGCUUUAUCCCAACGCAAUCCCUAGCAUGUUGGUUUCUCGAUUUUUCAGAGUGUAUACUCUGUGGCGUUGGCCAAAUCCUGUGAUGUUGUGCUCAAUAGAAGGAGAUAAACUCGGAUUUUCAAUGUGGGAUCCCCGUAAAAACCCCAGAGAUCGACUUCAUCAUAUGCCUAUAAUAACUCCAGCUUAUCCUUGCAUGAAUUCUAGCUAUAACGUCUCGAUAAGUACUCUCCGUGUUAUGAUCGAACAAUUUCAAUUUGGUAACAGGACUUGCGAGGAGAUUGAGGUCAGCAAGGCCCAUUGGAGUGCGCUAUUUGAGCCUUAUCCAUUUUUUGCUUCAUACAAAAAUUACCUCCAGGUUGAUAUAAUUGCAGCAGAUGCUGAUGAUCUGUUAGCUUGGAAAGGCUGGGUUGAGUCACGUCUUAGACAACUUACUUUGAAAAUCGAGCGAGAUACAAAUGGGAUGCUGCAGUGCCAUCCUUAUCCGCAUGUGUACACUGACAUGUCAAGACAAUUCCCUCAUUGUGCUUUUUUCACGGGGUUGCAGAGGAAAGAGGGAAUAAGUCCUCAAGAAGGCCAGCAAUUUGAUAUAAGGGGAACAGUUGAUGAAUUUAGGCAAGAUAUAAACAUGUACGUGUUCUGGAAACCGGGAAUGGAUAUUUCUGUUGCUCAUGUUCGAAGAAGGCAGCUUCCUACUUAUGUUUUCCCAGAGGGACACAGACGUUCUCGGCAUUCUAGGCAUUUAAAUCAGCAGCAGGCUGGAAAAGCUAAUGAUGAUGUUGGAAAGUCUCCAUCUGGAUCCAUUGAAGAGCAGCUUAAGAGAAAACAUGAUGGUGAAAUGGCAGCUGUAAAACGAGUCAAGUGUGCCUCUGAAAGUCCACAGAAACUGCUGUCUGUUUCUCCAGAACUCUGUAGAACUAGGUCUGUUGGACCACUUUUAGAGAGCUUCCACGAGGUGGUUAAAAUGGGCUUUUCUUCAAAUCUGGCUGAUGUUGAUAAUAAUGCUCCAUUUACAUCAUGUAGUGGACAGGACAACGGUGAAAAUGGAGACCCGGUUGUUUGUGAUUCCAAAGGGUUUGAAACUGAAGAUCAGGGGGGUGACUUAAGCAGACAAGUUUCAUCACAAGACUAUAUAUCCUCCUUAGCAAUGAAUGAGCCAGAACCAAUGGAUUUGGUGGCUGAAUGGCAGCAUGCUCCUGACCCAAGCGAAUGCCGAGUUGGGGUAGUUGAAACUUGUUUGGAAGAGGGUACAGCAAACGGGUCCUCUGAGGGAUUCUUAAAUUUGACAAGGGUUGGAGUUGAGGUUGAAGCGGUGCCAAUUGUACCGUCUAAUCAGACUUUUGUAGUGCUUGGGGAAAAGGAUGUAAUGUGCUCUAGUUCCAGCAAUCGGAACCUCAAUUGCGAGGGUGAAGAUGCUACAGAUUUGGGCUCAGUUCUGGAGAAUAGAUGUCCGAGUGGGAAAGGACAGAUUGCAAAUGGCUUGCCUGAAGAACUAGAGUGCAACACUGGCGGGACAGCUAUGCAAUCUCAAGACGGAUCAUCGAGGUGUGAGCACCUAAACACGGUAGAGCUGGAGCUGGGUUGAGGCAUGCUGCAUCGCUUGGUGGUUUGGGUGCUUCAUCUAAAGCUAAGCAUGAGGCUAAGCUGUUCGGAUGUCUGGUGCCCGUGAAAGCCACAAUGCUGGCAAGAUUCACAUCUUGGAUGAUUACGAAACUAUUUGUUUUCAUUGUCUGCUGGAAUUGUGGUCCGUUUGUUCUCUUUUCAGACUUAUGUUUUCAUGUUUUAAAUCAGUAGGAUCCAAACUCUGUUGAGGAAUCGUUUCAAGUGUACAUUAUAUAAGAGGAUAUCAGAUUGAGUUGUUUUCGCAAGGGAACCACUGGUUAUGAAGUACACCUAAGCUUGCAGAACCUCUGGCUUGCGCUUUAGAAGUACGCGUUCCUGAAAAAGCCGGGUCGAACACAGUGAUACUUAUGAUAUCUCUUGUGUAAUGGAGAGGGUUUAUUGUCAUAGCCAUAUAAUAUAUACAUUCCCUCUGUUCCCUCGUUUGUGCAAAACCUGGUUCUCUAUUGACCACUUACAUGGGAUGUUAUUCUACAGUGUACUAACAAGACUAGAGAAAUGGCAGAAGUUCAGACGCUGUAGGUGUCAUCAAUAUCAACGUCUGUCACCUUCUUGCUCCGCCUGUAACUAGCUAGAUAGGCAACCCCAUUGCCAAGCAGAGGGGCCACGUCGAACUCGCGACCACCCUUGCUGUCGUAGUUCCUCUUCUCCCCGUUCUUCUCGUACUCUAUCGGACACAGUCUCCUCAGAACUUGCACGACCUCCUUCAUCGAGGGUCUCGUCGAUGGCAUUGUGCUCGUGCAUAUCAACCCUAACUUGAACACUGUCAUCAUUUCCUCUACAUUGCUCUCUUCCUUGAUCUCCUGAUCAAGACAAUCUUCUACUGGUUUGCCCUCUCCAAUUUGCCGCCAUGCCCAUUCUGCCAGGCUAGUGUUCUCUCCUCCGCAGUUUGCCUGCCUUCCAGUCACCAGCUCUAGUAGCACCACUCCAAAACUGUACACGUCGAUCUUCUCAUUCACUCUCGUCGUGUAAGCAUACUCUGGAGCGAAGUAUCCGAACGAGCCUGCUACCGCAGACACAGUCUCAGGGUCUCCAGACUUGGACAAUAUCUUCGCCAGCCCGAAAUCUGCGAUUCGAGGUUUGAACUGAGAAUCCAGAAGGAUGUUGCUGGAUUUCACGUCUCUAUGAAGGAUCGGUUGAGAACACUCGUGGUGCAUGUAGCAGAGACCCUGUGCAGCUCCAGACGCGAUCUGCAGCCUGGUCGGCCAAUCCAGCACAUCAGCAGCAUUCGUCUCCGACGCCAAUUCGCCGCGGUGGAGCCACCUGUCGAGGCUCCGAUUCUCCAUGUACUCGUACACCAACAGCUUCGAAUCGGGGCUCGAAAUGCAGCACAACAGCUUGACUAUGUUGGCGUGCCUGAUCGUGCCCAGGAUUUGAAUCUCCGCAGCAAAUUCCUUCUCCAGCUUCUCGUCAAGCUCCAAGUUAUUGCUCCAAAUCCGCUUCACGGCCAAGAACUGCCCUUCCCUGUUGGAAGGAAUCCGGUAAACUUUACCCGACCCGCCGCUUCCCACUACGUUUCUCUCCGUCAGGCUCGCCAAAACGUUCGCCGCCGUGAAAUCCACCCUCUGGAACGACGUCAGCUUCCAUGCCGCGAGAUCUCGUCUGUGCUUCUUCCUUCUCAGAUCCCUAAUGGCCGAGAAUGUGACCAGAGAGGCGAACAGGAAUACGAUCACCGCCAGCGCGAGGAUCAUGGCUAGAUACUUUGGGGAAAGUCUGUUGCUCGAGCUGCCGCCGUUGAUUCCGCCGCCUCGGUUUCUGCAGUUGGGAAGGUUUAGAACUGGGUUCACGGCGCAGAGAUUCGAGUUGUUUGCGAAGCUGUUCUCGUAAGCGAGAUUGUUGUAAUCGUCUGGAAUUUUCCCGGAGAGUUGAUUUGACGCCAAAUUGAGGGCGGUUAGCCGGAGAUUGCUGAACUCCUUGGGGAUAUCGCCGGAGAGUUGAUUUUCGGAAAGGUCCAGAUCGAGGAGGUCGGGUAGGUCCCCGACCGCCGGCGGAAUUGAGCCGGUGAGCUUGUUUCUCGAGAGAUCCAGAGAGGAGAGCGAUCUCCAAGACAGAAUCGUGGAUGGAAUUUGGCCGGACAGCUGAUUCCCAUCUAGUAGGAGUGUGGUUAGACUUGAAAGGCUGGUUAAUUCCACCGGGAUCUCGCCGGAGAUCUGAUUGUUGCUGGCUUCGAAAACAACCAGGCCUUUCCAAUUCGCGACUCCUUUGGGUAACGGCCCUGUAAACCUGUUGUUGUUAAGCUCCAAUCUCGACAGAUUCCAGGCUAUGGAGGCCGGGAGUGCGCCGGAGAAUGAAUUGUCGCUCAGCAUCAAGUACGUCAUGUUGACCGCUGUCCAUAUCCCCGACGGAACCUCCCCUGAAAAAUUGUUGCCGUAGAGCUGAACCGUUCUCAGAGUCCCACAAUCCCCGAUCGAACUAGGAACCUCUCCGCUUAAAUGGUUCGAUUGCGCAACCAGCCCAGCAAGCACCCCUCCAGCGCAGAGAUUCGUCGGGAGCUUGCCGGAGAAUCCGUUCGUCGCGAUAUCGAAAAUCUCGAGCCGUGAAUGUAAACCCAUCUCCGGCGGCAGUUCCCCGGUGAAGUUGUUGGUGAAUAUCUUGAUCUCUUUCAGCGAUGGAAGCAGGCCGAUGCUGCUGGGAAGCUCCCCGUGUAAUUUGUUGUUGAAUAGAUUCAGAAUCUCCAGCUUCUGCAGCUUCCCAAACUCCCCGGGAACAGAGCCCGUGAGAUUGUUCAUUGAAAUAUCAAUUUCCGCCAAAUUCAACGCCUCCACCUUCGUCGGGAUCUCGCCGGACAGUUCAUUGUGGAAGAGGUAGAGAAACUUCAGAUCUGGGAGCGUGAAAAUCCCGCUUGGAAUCCCGCCUUCCAAGUUGUUCCCUGCCAAAUCGAUGUGCUCAAGAUUCAAAUUACCGGCCAACCACUCCGGCACUUCCCCAAUCAGAUUAGCGUUUCGAAUCCAGACGUAGGUUAACUUCUUCAGCCGGCCGAACUCGGGGGGAAUCGGAGAAGGAACAAACCCAUUAUACGCCAUCCCCAAUUCCUCGAGAUUUUCGAGGUUCCCGAUCUCCUUAGGGAAAGUCCCAUUGAAUUGGUUCUGGUAGAGAUACAGAGAGCGGAGGCUGGUCAGGUUGCCGAUGGAGGAAGGGAUGUCGCCGGUGAAGUUGUUCCCGCCGAUGUCGAUGAAGGCGAGGGAGGUGGAGAGGCGGUGGAUGUCGCCGGGGAGUGGUCCCACGAAGUAGUUCUGGGAGAGGUCGAGGUACUGAAGCUUGGAGCAGUUGUAGAGAAUGGUUGGGAAGCCGCCGGGGAUGUAGUUCCAUGACAAGAUCAGGCGGGUGAGGUUUCUGAGGUCGCAGACCGUUGAGGGGAUCGGAACCGUGAUGUUUUGGUUGGAGAGGAGGAGCUCGGUGACGCCGCCGCCGUCGUCGGUGCAGGUGAUUCCCGGCCAGGAGCAGGCGGCGGUGGUGGCUGUCCAGGAUUGGAGGGAAGGUGGGUCGCCGAGCUGGCGCUUGAGGUUGAGGAGGAUGGUCCGUUCGUCCUGAGAAAUUACGUGGAAGGGUACGGCGGCGAGGAAGAGGAGGAGGAGGAGAAGAAAGGGUAGUCUUGUCAUUGCGGCGGUAUUUUGAGGGGAAGUUGCCGGCAACCUGACGGGGACGAUUGGCUGAGAAAUGGAAAGAAGGGAGGGGGAGUUUUUCUAAGGGGACGGGUUGGGGGAAAUGACACUGGAAACUGUAAUAAUUACGACGGCGAACCAUCGAAUUGGGACCCAAUGAUCACUCUCCCCGCCAAAAAGUCAGUCAACGGGCAACAAUCAGGGAUUUGAUUCUGGCACGGGUCCGACUAAGGAGUUUACCUAAUCAGCUUCUAGUUUACUAAUCUAGAGAUACUCUAUUUGAUCAAUGAUAAAUUU